AUGACUCAGUCUAUAGUAGUUCAAGUUGGCCAAUGUGGAAAUCAAAUCGGCUGCAGGUUUUGGGACCUGGCUCUGAGGGAACAUGCACACAUUAACAAGAAUGGUCUUUAUGAUGAAUCUGUGGGCAGUUUUUUCAGUAAUAUGGACAGCAGAUAUGAAAACCCAGAGAACAUACCCUUAGGAAAAGGAAGUGGCAAAAUCAAGUCUUUGAAAGCUAGGGCUGUGUUGGUCGAUAUGGAGGAAGGAGUUGUGAGUGAAAUGAUGCAAGGGCCACUCGGUGAAGUGUUCGACUGCAGGCAACUUCUUACAGAUGUGUCAGGAUCUGGGAAUAACUGGGCCACUGGAUAUAAAAUGUAUGGAACACAAUAUCAGGAGCAAUUGUCUGAAGUCAUUCGACAUGCUGCAGAACUCUGUGACUGUCUCCAGUGCUUUUUUGUCCUGCAUUCGAUGGGUGGUG